GUUUCCAUUACGAAUCCAACAAUGAGACGGACAAGCGGGAGUUCGAGAAGGCCGUGGAGACCAUCGCAGUGUCCUUCAGCAGCACCGUGUCCGAGUUCCUCAUGGGGGAGGUGGACAGCAGCACCAUCCUCUCCAUCCCACCCAGCGACCAGAACCAGACGAUGGAGAGCCUCUACGGCGGGAUCCCCGGGCCUGGAGGGGUUGGAAUGCCUCCUGGCAUGGAAAGCUACGUCACGGGACGUCCUCCCGCCGAGGAAGUGGACGUGAUGCUGCAGCGCUGCGAGGGGGGGGUUGAUGCCGCCCUCCAGUACGCCAAAAACAUCUCCAAGUACAUGAAGGACCUCAUCGGAUACCUGGAGAAAAGGACCACGCUGGAAAUGGAGUUUGCCAAAGGGCUUCAGAAGAUGGCAAACAGCUGCAAGCAAACCAUCAGCCAGGAGGCCAACAUGCCCUUCCUGUCCAUCUACCUGCUGGCCCUGGAGCAGGAUAUGGAGCACGGGACGUCGGUCCUGCAGGCUGCCAGCACCCUGCAGCACCAAACCUUCCUGCAGCCGCUGACAGUGAGACGCCUCGAACAUGAGAAACGGAGGAAGGAGAUCAAGGAGCAGUGGCACCGGGCGCAGAGGAAACUGCAAGAGGCCGAGGUCAACCUGCGCAAGGCCAAGCAGACCUACAUGCAGCGCAGCGAGGAGCACGACAAGGCCAAGUACAUGGCGGUGAAAGCGGAAGAGGAGCAGCAGAGCACGGCCGGCAGCAUCACCACCAAAACCCUGGACAAGAAGAGGCGGCUGGAAGAGGAAGCCAAGAACAAGGCAGAAGAGGCCAUGGCCACGUACCGGACCUGCGUUGCGGACGCGAACACCCAGAAGCAGGAGCUGGAGGACACCAAGGUGAACUCCCUGCGGCAGAUCCACGAAGUCAUCAAACAGAGCGACCAGGUCAUCAAGACGGCCACCAUCUCCUUCUACCAGAUCAUGCACAUGCAGACGGCCCCGCUGCCCGUCAACUUCCAGACGCUGUGCGAGAGCAGCAAGCUCUACGACCCCGGGCAGCAGUACGCCUCUCACGUCCGGCAGCUGCAGCGCGGGGACGAACCCGACAUCCAGUACGACUUCGAGCCCUACGUGUCACACAACGCCUGGUCCCCCUUCACGCGGACAAGGAAAGGCAGCUUCAACGCCAAUGACUUCCCGGCCACCGCUGGCUCCGAAGGGGCCGGGCUGCCCAAGGACGGGACCAGCUCGGAAGGGGGAGCGGGAGCCAAGGAGCAGCAAAGCGGGGCGGGGGUGGCUGAGCACAGAGGUGAGGGACACCAGGUCCAUAAAUCCUGGCCAACCUCCAUCACCGAAGGUGACAGCGGCCUGGAUUCAAGCGCAGGGGAAUUUGGCCGUAAGCUCCAGCGGCUGUCCUCCAACGGCACCAUGUCCUCCAACGAGGAGCUGGAGGAGAAGGAUGAGAACGCCACCCCCUUCGAGCAGAGCAUCAACGGGAUCACCCCGGAGAUGACGGCUCCGACGGGGCCCUUCCGAAACGUUGGCUUAUCCAAGGCUGCCCAGACUCACCGGCUGAGGAAGCUCCGUACCCCUUCCAAGUGUCGGGAGUGCAACAGCUACGUUUACUUCCAGGGAGCAGAAUGUGAGGAGUGCUACCUGGCCUGCCACAAGAAGUGUCUGGAGACCUUGGCCAUCCAGUGCGGGCACAAGAAACUCCACGGGAAGCUGCAGCUUUUUGGGCAAGACUUCACAAAGGCUUCUCAGAGCAGCGCCGACGGCAUCCCCUUCAUCGUCAAGAAGUGCGUUUCGGAGAUCGAGAAGCGGGCACUGAAAACCAAGGGCAUCUACCGGGUCAACGGCGUCAAGACGCGCGUGGAGAAGCUUUGCCAGGCUUUUGAGAACGGGAAGGAGCUGGUGGAGCUCUCCCAGGCCUCCCCCCAUGAUAUCAGCAACGUCCUGAAGCUCUACCUGAGACAG